GCUGCACAGAGCAGCAGGGGCAUUCUUCCAAGGUAAUGAUUAAGCCAAGUGUCUGGCAAGGGCACAGGCAGCAAAGCCGGGAAGGUGAGCCCUAUUCACACCUCAGCCAGGCUGAGGUGGCCAGGACUGGUUUGGAAGGCAGGGCCCCAGGGCACGGGGGUCCAGAGCCGACAGCCACAGCCUCCCUCUGCACACGGGCAUCCAGGAGUAUCUCAGGCUGAAGCCUCCACUGCCUGCCCCACUGGGACCCUGCCCUCAACCCUGGCACCAUGAAGCUGCAGAUGUUCUGGACUGGUCUGGAAUACACCUGCCGGCUCCUGGGCAUCACCACUGCUGCAGUGUUGAUCGGCGUGGGCACUGAGACCUUCCUCCAGGGGCAGUUCAAAAGCCUGGCUUUUUAUUUGCUGUUUAUAGGAGCUGUCAUCUCCGUGUGUGAAGGGGCCUACUUUGUGUCUCAGCUGCUGGCCAUCUGCUUCCAGUGUCAGCCAGAGUCCCUGGCCUACAGAGCAAGGGAGAAAGCCCGCUGGUUAGGCUGCUUCCAGAAGUUCCUGGCAUACGUGCUGCUGUCCGUGGCCUGCUUUCUCCACCCUGUCCUGGUCUGGCACGUGACCAUCCCAGGUUCCAUGCUCAUCAUCACUGGCUUGGCCUACUUCCUGCUGAGCAAACAGAAGAAAAGCAAAGCUGACCCAGAGGUGCUGGCUCCUGCAGAGCAGUACACGGACCCUUCCAGCAGUGCCGUGAGCACCACAGGCUCGGGGGACACUGAGCAAACCUACACCUUCCACGGAGCCCUCAAAGAGGGGACCGGCUCCCUCCUCAUCCACAUGAAGAGCAUUCUGAAGGGGACCAAGAAGCCCAAUGCCCUCCAGCACCCAGACACUCUGACCGAGCUGACGCUGGAGCCAGCUGACUCAUUGGUCAAGAAGAAGCAGGUACACUUUGAAGACAGUAUGGUCAGAAUCAUCCCAUCUCUCACCGAAAACCCGGAUGAUGGGGACAGUGAGCCUGAGGAGACCACCUCUGACACCACCCCUAUCAUCCCUCCCCCACAAGCCCCUAUCUUCCUAUCUUCUCUCACAGACACCAACCUAUUCUGAGUGACUUGCUCCAGCCUCAGGGAAACUCAGCAAGGGGUCUGCAUUGAUUGAUGGCCCUGCCUGCAGUUUCCUGGUGUCUGGGGGCCCUCCAGGGAGAUUGGGGUUCUCACAAGUUAGUGCUUCAAGGGGUGACCAGAUAUCCCCAUGGCUUCCGGGACCAUCGAGUGGCAUGGCAGGUCCUACAGAGGCCUCAAGGAAGGCACAAAUGAAGCUAAUGUUGCCUCAAGCCAAUAGAGCUUCCUCCUUCCCAGACGUGGAGUCGGGGAGAUCCUUGUGCUUUGCAUAAGGCCCCUUCAGCCCCAGAAGCCAAUGGACUUCUCUUGCUCCUGACAUGGGGGCCCAGCACUCAGCAAGGACUCAUCAUCCAUCCCAUCUCUGAGGCAACAAUCCAGCUCCGAAGGCCCAAGGACGUGUUGACUCCUUAAGCAUCUCAAAGACAGGUGUGGAAGGUGGCCCUAGAUCCCAACCCCCUGGUGAGAUUGCUCCUAAGGGAAGCAAGGCUGCAAGCCCCGAAGGAUGGGAGCAGCAGGAGCAGUGGGCCGCAUUCUCUGCAUGCCUGGGGCUGGUGCUGGGCAGCAGGAGUUACAGAGCCCUUCAGGGAACAAUGCCACUCUGUUCUCACUGCAGGGAAAAGCAAGCUCAUUCCAGAAGCAUCACUGAGGACUCCCCACAUCCCCACCACAUGAACUUUCCUGAGAGAUUCCAUGCAGAUGAUGUAAACUAAAAGAUCUUGGAAGGCAACAACGAUUCAGCAAUGAGAGCCCCAGCACAGCACAGCACAGCACAGCACACAGAGCCUGUGGUGUGGGGGGUGGGCAGGGAAACGGUGCUCCGGAGACACACAGCCCAGAGGAAGUGGCUGUACCAUGCCUACUGGCCUGGUGGCAGAAUAGGUGAUAAGUACACAUUUGUUUAAAAUGUAAGGGAGAGAAGGGGAGGGGAAGAGGGGAGAUAGGAGGGAAGUGGGCAGGCAGGCUAACUCUCUGCCACUGGACUACAGAAGUGACCAUUAACCUAGAACAAACAAAGAAAUUUGAAUCAGAAAUUCCUUCAAAGGUUUUCAAAAAAGUGUCAUUUGGCCCGUGGGAUUAUUGCACAGAAGACCAGACACAUUAUUCUUCAUAGGCAAUCUCAGUGAAUGGGUGAUCUGUAGAAACAGUGAUAGUGUUUCCCAGUGUGUGUGUGAGAGAGCAAGCACCCCAGUUCCACAGAGCAACCCUUAGAGCACAUAAUUUAAGGACUAGGUAAUAAACAUGUGUUCAUUCCUGACAUUUUUAGACAUCCCCUAGGAGUUACUUUGCAAACAUGUGGGAAUAACGGCCAGAUGAUCAGUCUGGUGCCUAAAUUCAACAGGUGUCCCAAAUGAGCAGCCCUCUUCCCGUUCUUCCUGUAAAACCAAGAGAGAACAAACAAAUAAAUAUGUUCUCAUGAGCCCUUGAUAAUGGAAGUGGCGAAACUGCUUAUCUGCCACCAGAGAAGAGCUUCAGAAUCUGAGAGUCCACACAGUAAUAACAGAAUGUGGGUAUUGGUAGACAGGAAUGGCGCCCAGUUCCUAAUGGGCCAGAUAUCCCAGGCAGGCCCCUUGGCGCAGAAGAAGCCUAUGUGGGGAGGAGCCAGGGGUUCUGCACCUGUCACAUGCGUUAGGGGAAUUCGAUAGACACAGGCACCCUCACAGAACAGGCAUGGGAGGCUGCUCUGCUCUGUUCUCGGUUCUCAGAACCCCAGCCAGCAGGGUGGGGACGGAUGACCAGUUCACAAGAAGCAAACCCUGAAGUGCAGUAUCAGAGCUGUUUAAUAAACACUUCUGUAAACCCAAGGAGCAGAGCAUUGUUUGGAAUGGGUCUUAGAGGGGAGGCACAUGUCAAGAGUUCCAGGUGAUAUGAUGCUCCUGCCCUCCUGAGACAUCUGGACUUCCCGGUGUCCAUCAUCAGUAAAGCGAGAGUUUGCUGGCUAUGCUUUAGGGGCUCAAACAAUUAUGAUCUUCCCUAACUUAGCAAAAUAAUUCUAUCAAACAUGCUGUUGCUGCCAACAAAAACAACAACAGCACAGCUGGGAUGAGAUCAUUAAACAGCCUGGAGCCCCUCACCUCUGUCAGUAGACCAGACAAGAAAGUGGCACCUCCUGAUGAGCAGAUGAACACCACAUGUCAUCAUUUGAUUCUCAGCCCAAGACAUUCUACCAGCGCAUCCCUACCCACAGCUAGCCCGUAAAGAUGUUGUAAUAACCCUUUUCCCUGAUGAGAAACGAAGACCAGAAUGGCUGAUCCUAUCCUGUUCUUUUCCCUUUCCCAGCAGAAAGUGGAGCAGACAUUUUGUAGACAUGGAACAGAGCAAUUGGAAGUAGAAAGAACAUUGGGCUGGGAUCAUUGGCUCUGCUUCUAACCUGCUGAUAGACCUUGGCCAACCUUCAACUUCUCUGGUUUCAGGUUCCCCUAUUAUGUGGGAAUAACAGCACUUCUCUCAGGAUUGGUGCAGUGAUUCAACCAAAAGGAUGGGGAAAGUGCUGUUCAGGUUACAAAAUCAUCCAGGCCAGUGUGAGUGCAUGUCCCAAUCACUGCAAGGGCCUCAUGCCAUGUGUGAGUGCCCUGCAAGGAAGACACAAUGUAAGGAAGCACUGAGGAAGCAAGAUAUGUCUCAGUGGCAAGGCCAGUGCAGGUCCAAAAAUUCCUUUCUCCACUCCAGAUUCCAGGGCUUGAGCCUUGGAAAAGUGUAGCCACCACCGUCCAGCUUAGACAGAGAGCCACAGCAGAUCAUCAAUCAUGAGGAUAUACUUGGGGGGGGGGGGUUGUGUGUGUGCAAUCCAGUAGAUCCAGUAUAUCCAUUCUGUCUCCUUCCUUCCUUCCUUCCUUCCUUCCUUCCUUUCUUUCUUUCUUUCUUUCUUUCUUUCUUUCUUUCUUUCCUUUCUUUCUUUCUUUCUUUCUUCUUUUUCUUUCUUUCUUUCUUUCUUUUUCUUUCUUUCUUCUUUCUUUCUUCUCUUUUUUGUUUUUAAAACAUACUUACUGAGAUAUGUUUCACAAACCAUAAAAUUCACCAAUUUAAAGUGCACAAUUAAAUUAUUUUUAGUAUACUCAUAAUCAAGUUCAUCACAAUCUAAGUUCACAAUAUUUUCAUCACUCCUAAAAAAAACCUGGUACCCAUUAACAAUCACAACCCCAACGCCAUCCAAAAGAACCAUUUAUCUACUUUCUCUCUUUAUAGAUUCUCCUAUUCUUGCAUUUCAUAUAAGUGGAAUCAUAUAAUAUGUGGCCUUUUGUUAUUUGCUUUGUUCACUUAACAUAAUAUUUUCAAGGUUCAUCCAUGUUGUAACAUGUAUCCUUAUGUUCCUCCUUUUUGUGGCUGAAAAAUAUUCCAUUAUAGGUAUAUGCCACAUUGUGUUUAUCUCUUCAUUUGCUGAUGGACAUUUGGGUUGUUUAGACUUUGUGCCUAUCAUGAACAAUGUUGCUAUGAACAUUCAUAUUUUGAGGUGGAUAUAUAUUUUCAUUUCUCUUUGACAUCUGCAUAGGGGUGGAAUCACUGGAUCAAAUAGUAACUCAAGGUCUAACUUCUUAUAAAACUGCCAAAUGUUUUCCAAAGGUGCUACAUCAUUUUACAUUGCCACUAACAAUGAUUUCUCCACAUCCUCACCAACAUUUGUUAAUGUCCUUUUCAUUAUUGUCAUCCAUUCAUUGUGGUUUUUACAUUCAUUUCUCUAAUGUCUCACAGGGUAGAGCAUCUUUUCAUGUCAUUGUUGACCAUUUGUGUAUCUUCUUUGAGAAAUGUCUAUUCAAAUUCUUUGCCUUUUUGAAACUGGGUUGUCUUUUGAGUUGUUAAAGUUUCUUAUAUCUUCAUAUACUAGGCCCUUACCAGAUACUUGAUUUACAAAUAUUUUCUUCCAUCCCAUGGGUUGCCUUUUCACUUUCUUGGUAGUGCCCUUUGAAAUACAAAAGAUUACAUUUUGGUGAAGUCCAGCUUAUCUAUUUCUUUUCUUUUGUUGCUUAUUGUUUUGUGGCCAAAUCUAAGAGGCCAUUGCCUAACCAAAGGUCAUGAAGGUUUAUUCCUAUAUUUUUUCUAAGAGUUUUAUAGUUUGGGUUCUUAAAUUUAGAAAUAACAGUUGGGGGUGAUUUUUGUGCAUGGUGUAAUGUGGAGUCUAAAUUAAUUAUUUCACUUGUGGAUAUCCAGUUGGCCCAGCACCAUUUAUUGAAUUAAAUUGUUUUGCCUCCUUUGUUGAAAAUUUAUAGACCAUAAAUUUCUGCACUUGCAGCUCUAUUCCAUUGAUCUGUGUAUCUGUCCUUAUGGCAUUAGCACAGAUAACUGUACCUUUGUAGUAAGUAUAUUUUGAAAUUAGGAAGUAUAAGCCCCCAACUUUAUUCUUUUUUCAAGAUGGUUUGGUUUUCAAGGUCCUUCAUAUUUCCAUAUGAUAAAGGAUCAGCUUGUCAAUAUUUGAAAAAAAAAAGCCAGCUGGAAUUUUGAUAGGGAUUUAUUUCAUGGACUCUGCAGAUCAGUUUUGAGAGCAUUGCCAUCUUCACAAUGUAAAUUCUUCCAUCCCAUCAAUGUAUGGUGCCUUUCUAUUUAUUUAGAUUGUCUUCAAACUCUUUCAAUGUUAUGUGCAAGCUUUACCCUUCUUUGUAAAAUUAUUCCUAAGUAUUUUGUUCUUUUUUCAUGCUUCUGUAAAUGGAAUCAUUUUCCUUUUUUCUCAGCUUUAUUGAGGUAUAAUUGACAAAUAAAAUUAUAUAUAUUUAAGUGUA